AUGGGUCGCGUUAUCCGAAACCAGAGAAAAGGACGAGGGUCUAUCUUCACGGCCAAUACGAGAUUGAACAAGGCUCCUGCUCAGUUCCGUAACCUCGAUUUCGCCGAGCGCAAGGGAUAUGUCCGAGGUGUGAUCAAGGAGAUUAUUCACGACCCGGGUCGAGGAGCUCCUCUCGCCCGAGUUGUCUUCCGCGAUUCUUACCGGUUUAAGCUUCACACCGAGACCUUCAUUGCUAACGAGGGAAUGUACACUGGUCAAUUCAUCUAUGCUGGAAAGAACGCUGCCUUGACUGUCGGAAACGUCCUCCCACUCUCUAGCAUCCCCGAAGGAACCGUUAUCUCGAACGUUGAGAGCAAGGUCGGCGAUCGUGGUGUCCUUGGACGUACAUCUGGCAACUAUGUCACCGUCAUCGGCCACAACCCUGAUGAAGGCAAGACCCGUGUCAAGCUCCCAUCUGGCGCCAAGAAGGUUAUUAGCAGCCAAGCCCGUGGUAUGAUCGGUAUCGUUGCAGGUGGUGGACGCACAGACAAGCCAUUGAUGAAGGCCUCGCGUGCGAAGCACAAGUUCGCUGUCAAGCGCAACUCCUGGCCCAAGACUCGUGGUGUUGCCAUGAACCCCGUCGACCAUCCUCACGGAGGUGGUAACCAUCAACAUAUCGGUAAGGCCUCGACAAUCUCCCGAUACGCUGUGCAGGGUCAAAAGGCUGGUCUCAUUGCUGCUCGGAGAACUGGUCUGUUGCGCGGUACUCAAAAGGUCAAGGACUGA